AUGCUUGUCAUUCAUCACAAUAACAAUUUCACAUUUUUCUUUUCCUCCUACUUGUUCAGCGCGAUCGUGUCCAACUUGCCCGAGGCAGCUAUUUAUUCCAAAAUGCCUGUGGCUGUUUGUUCGCCAACCGAUUCCCGUCCGUUACCGCAGUACGCUUCAUCCCCCGCCACACGUUCGCAAACCCCCUUGUGUCACCCCAUCUCGUUGUCUGCACUGAUGAACAGUCACGACGGUCUGGAUCUUUGCGGUAUGGUUCCUCCGGACGAGAUGGAUGAAACCACUUUCUCCGAAUUGGUUCCUUCGAUUACCGAGCAAGUCACUAGCUCCCCGAACGGUAGCGGACUAGGUGAUCGCCAAUCCACGAAUGAAUUGCCCAACGGUUCGUGUGCUAGUCCAAACGAAUCUCUCCAACCACCGAGCUCGCAGAACGGUCACAUCCUUCUCGAAUCAUUAGACGAUGGUGAUCGACCCUGGCCCACGCCUCUUGUUGAUCCGUCCAGUGAAUGUUUGGAAUGGGAUGAUUCGGGUCAUCUUCGGGGUUUGCCUGAAACCAGAUCCGGAUCGAUUGAAAGUCGAUUCGAUCGUUUCUCGUUGCCGCUGGCGGAUGGCCACAGUAGUCAUCGUGGUGCUCGUUCUGGUAGUGGAGCAACAAUUCUUUCGGGACUGGAACAAAUUCCGGCGGAUAGAUCGCAUCGUUCCUCAUUUACCUUGGCCGCGGAAGCUGCCGAGGCUCUCGUGGCGAGCGGAAGUGGACGACACGGUACUCGGCAUUUAUCCUACAGUAGUAGUACCGGUAACAAGCUCACCUCGGAUUACACGCCCGAGAAAGCUUUGCUGCCUCGGAAUCUAGAUCGUCCAAUCGCUCAUUCGCAUAAUCUCAUAGCAAAAAAGGAUACACGGUUAAUCAAUUCUGUAAAUGUUACCUCUAUUAUCGAAUCUGCUAAAUUCGAGGGCAAUUUGUUGACCGAGAACAAAAUGCCUGUUUGUUGUUCGACGCCUGCUCAACGCGUGUCCAAUGGCCGAAUCCAUAAGCACUCGAAUGGUUUUCAUCGGUCCACCGAGUCUGAGAAUGUUUGGCCCACUCUAAGCGAGUCGCCAACAAUCCCGAUUCGACGGAUCCGCCAGACUAAUGUAGCACCAUCUGGCUCACCUGGUUGCACCACCGCCGUGACUAUUCCCACUUUACUGAACCAGCAGUCUCAUCCAAUUUCGACGGGGAGUACUGAAACCAUGCACAGUUUGUUCUCUAACGCGCCGGUAAACGGAAUGAUCUCUCAAACAAACACUUCUCGAUCGUUGGGUGAUUUAGUGGGUUCGAUGAAUGACAGUUCCUAUUUGGACAGUGAUGUGAUUGGUCGAAAAUUUGAGGAAUGUGACGAAAAUCCUGUGAUUCAACUGGGCCUCAUACGCAGCCAAGAUGCGGUCCCUUUGUUGGGUCUGUUGGAUCGGUUGGAACAAGGCUGUCCACACCCCGGGGAAUCAUGUGAUUCGUCCAAACCCCCAGUGGAAACGUCCACACAAGAUUUGGAACGGGAACGUGUACAAUUGGACAUUGAUAGGAGUUUUCUGCAGUUCUACACGAAGGAGUUGACGAACUGGAAAGAGCUGGCGGACUCAUUCCGCCAUUCAACUGGUUCAAGCCGCCCAUGCGGGCAGCACUCGACUGACUCAUACACAAUUCAAACGCAACUGGCCAUUGAUGCAUUCUGUGACUGGUUGUCUGCUCUACAAAAUCGGUUGGCCGUCUGUUUGAAUCAUCUAAACCGUCGGGCACUGUGGAUCGACCAGAUGAACGGAUUCACUCACGAGUUAAAAUCCUCAUUCGCAGUGGUGGAAGAACGCGUGCGCAACAGCCUUCAACAAACUCGAAGUUUGUUACUCGCUUGGUGUCCGCGCCCCGAUCCUGUGCACCCACCUAGCGAAGGAAUCGAUGAGCACACACAACCCGAAAAUUCCAAUCGCAACCAAAUUGUCGAAACAUUGAAUGAUUUGCAGAAUUUAAGUGACAGUGUCCUCGCAUUUCAAGUUCGUUUGGGAUCUUGUCAUCUAGUAAACGAUUGUUGGAGUUCAAACGACAUGUUCCAACCAGUCCCCUGUGCACUGCGCCAAACGGCCGAUAGCACGUCCGGUCUCGGGGAUGGCCAGCACAUUUCCGGUGCUGCAUCAUUCACAUCCUCUUUUUCCAGUUUCCUGGAUUCGGAUUCCGACACGGAACCGAGUUCGGAGUCGGCCGAUUUGCACGUCGUCACUGAACGUGCAGAACGUCUUCAGCGACGGUUGCGCGUGGCUAUUCGACGACUACAACAAGCCAUCGUCACCUCUACCGGUUCCAAUUCGAUUCCCAAAUCUGCUUGUGUUGAUCUGUCUCCAUUUUGUGAACCCCCUACGAAUGCACAUCAUUGUCUGAACUAUACUGUUCGAUUGCCGUCGCGUAGUAGACCGUAUCGAGAUUGGACCAUGCCUGGUCCUGUGCAAAUGCUUCUAUUGGAUUGA